CCGUCUGUUUAAAUCCUCGUCUCUCACGUCUUCGCUCCAUUCCAUCGCUUCGCCCCCAUUGCGAUUCUUGGCGGAGCUAGGGUUUCUUCCGAUCGAAUUCCUAGCCCCUCCGGCUUUGGGAUUCUUCGAAGAGCAAGCAAGAACUCGAUCGAGUCAAGAAGGAGUAUUAGGUGGAAACAAUGGCGGACAACCAACCGGCGCCGGCGGCCGAUGCCGUCAACCUCUUCGGCCUCUCAUCGCGAUGGUGGAGCGGUCCGGAGUGGAAGAGGGCGAAGGAGCCAGCCGAGGAGCAGGAACCGUCGCACCUCAACACGUUCAACAGCUCCGGCAUGUUCCUUUACAUGUCGCCGGACAAGCUGUCGGUCCGCUACUUGGGCAUUGCCCAGCACGGGCACGACGUCGGCGCCGUGCAGGCUAACUGCCCCGCCCCGACCAGGAGGACCGUGUACUACUUCGAGAUGAAGGUCGAGAACGCUGGUCAGCAUGGCAGGAUCGCCAUCGGAUUCACCCCUAAAGAAUACGACUUGCGGCGCCAGCCAGGUUGGGAACCAAAUAGCUGUGGGUAUCAUGGGGACGAUGGGUAUCUUUACCAUGGGUGGGGGAAAAGAUAUCCCUUUGGUCCCACAUUUACAUCUGGUGAUACUGUAGGUGCUGGGAUUAAUUAUGCCUCUCAACAGUUCUUUUUCACGAAAAAUGGAGAACUUGUAGGAAAUGUUGUCAAGGAUAUAAAAGGUCCCCUGUAUCCUACUACUGCUCUUCACAGUCAGAACGAAGAGGUGACAGUAAACUUUGGGAAGCAACCAUUCCUUUUUGACAUUAAGGCUCUUGAGUUGGAAGAAAGGUGGAAAGAGCAUGUGUUGAUCGAAAAAGAAUAUUUGACACCUACUGUUAGUUUUCGGAUUAUUCGUUCCUAUUUGCUUCAUUAUGGGUAUCAGGAUACUCUGGAGUCGUUUGACGCUGAAAGUGAAAGUAUAUAUCCAGGAGUAACUCAAGAAAAUGGCAUUGAAGAACAGGAACGUGCUUAUGCACUUAAGCAUAGAAAGAUAUUGCGUCAGCUUGUCCAGAAUGGAGAUAUUGAUUCUGUAUUUCAGAAAAUUAAAGAAUGGUAUCCUCAAAUUCUGCAGAAAGACAUAUCAGCCAUUUCUUUCUUACUUCAUGUCCAAAGGUUUAUUGAAUAUCUUCGGAAUCAGGAGCUGGUGGAAGCUGUGGAUUAUGCUCGUGCUGAACUGAACAGAUUCUUCCCAAUUAAGUCUUAUGUAGAUCUUCUUGAGGAGACCAUGUCAUUGCUGGCGUAUGAUGAUCCUCAGAAAUCAUGUGUUGGAUAUCUUCUUGAGGAUUCCCAUCGGGAAUUUGUUGCAGAUGCUGUAAAUGCAGUUGUUCUAUCAACAAACCCAAAGAUGUCAGAUCCCAGGAACCAUAUGUACUCUUGCCUUGAGAAGUUACUAAGGCAGCUGAUUGCUUGCUGCUCAGAAAGAAGGGCAUUGAAUAACAACCAAGGGCAGGAAUUUAGACUCCCAGUGGAACUAGAAAUCAGUCAUGGAGGUAGCUAAGUGUAUACAAUUUUGAAAUUUCUCUGCAACCAGUUCAAUCCUGACUGCCUUCAGGCUGUUCUUCUGAUGACUUUACUGCACAGUUUCCUUCUAAAUUCUUUUCUGUAAAGCUUUAUUUACUGCUGCUGUCAGCCCUCUCAACAUGUAAAGGUGCACUUUUUGCUCCAUGACUGAAGUACUGAAUUUGGAAAUGAGGCUUAGGGAGAGCAGACUGCUACUGAAUUAUCCCAGUUCAUUUCAUUUAGCUUCAUGGUGCUCAUUUGUGAUGUGGGGCUAAAAACCUUGUUUCAAGAAAUUAUGUAUACUUGGUGUUUAAGAUAUAGUUGCUGCUA